AUGCUCUGUUUGACUCAAUUAGUGAUUUCAUUUGCAGUUGCCAGGAGUUCAUGCAAACGUUCAAGAGCCUCACUAGUGUGGACACUCUGUAGCAAAAAUUCUUCUGAAAAUGACAGGAACUCACGUCAUUAUCAAAAGGUUUUGCCUCAAUUGUUUCCAUGGAAAAGAGCAACAUUUGCUUCAAAUUUCAAUAGUGGUUCCUUAUCUGCAAUCAGCAAAAAAUUGCUUCAGUUGAGAAAGAGGGAUACUGUUUACACUAGGUCAAAACAUGGGUUUUCGCUUUGGAAGUCUAGAGUUUUAGGCGUUGGUGGGUGUAGUUUAAAAUGGUCCAAAUCCAUUGAGAAGAACUCAAAGCAAGCUAACGAGGAAGCUACACUUGCUGUUGCUGCAGUAGAGAGGAAGAAGAGAGAGCAGAAAAAUGCGGUUUGCAUCAGUUCUAAGUCAAAGAGAGAGCGUAUAUUUCGUAUUGGUUUAGUUCGAUACAGAAUGGAUCCCUCAAGGAGGACACUUCAGAGGAUUUCAGAUGCCGAUGAAUCCCAGUCCUCUGCAUCUACCAGUUCAGGUUUGGCUUCCAAAAGAGCUUACAUUCCACGGAGAUUAGUGAUUGGAAAUGAUGAAUAUGUACGAAUUGGUAAUGGUAACCAGCUUAUCAGAGACCCAAAGAAACGAACUCGAAAAUUGGCAAAUGAAAAGGUUAGAUGGAGCUUGCACACUGCCCGACAGCGGUUGGCUCGAAAGCAGAAGUAUUGUCAGUUUUAUACCAGAUUUGGGAAAUGUAAAAAGGAUGGAGGGAAGUGUCCUUAUAUUCAUGAUCCCUCAAAAAUUGCUGUCUGUACCAAGUUCCUGAAUGGUUUAUGCUCUACUCCCAACUGCAAAUUAACACACCAGGUUAUUCCAGAGAGAAUGCCAGAUUGUUCUUAUUUUUUGCAAGGCCUAUGUUCAAACAGCAAUUGUCCAUAUAGACAUGUCAAUGUGAACCCCAAGGCAUCUAUUUGUGAAGGAUUUCUGAGGGGUUAUUGUGCUGAUGGGAAUGAGUGUCGGAAGAAGCACAGCUAUGUCUGUCCUACUUUUGAAGCAACAGGAACCUGUACUGAAGGAGCCAAAUGCAAACUUCAUCACCCCAAAAAACAAAGCAAGGGAAAGAAAAGGAAGAGAUCUGGAGAUCAGAAGAACACUAGAGGGCGCUAUUUUGGUUCUAAUUCUGCUGAUGUUUCUGAAUCUGGGAUGAUGGUGGCUCCAAAGCGACAUAAACAGAGUGGUGAACUUAAAGAGGAACUUUCUGACUACAUCAGCCUUGAUGUUGUCAAUGAAGAAAUCGCAGACACUGCUGAUCUAUCAUUUGAUCCAGCAGUUUUCUGUGACACUGAUUCAUUGGAUGAUUUUGAUGAAUUCAUUAAACCAGUUCUUCUAUUGAAAACAAAGUUAACAUCACAAUCCCCCAAGUCCCAUAUCCUCCGAGAAAAGGCCGGAGACUUAGAUCGUUUGUUAAUCAGGUAA